AUGGCAGCAGCAUUGGAAGACCCUUCGGUCCCUCCCGUGCGCAUCUCCAAGAUCGCAGAUCGCUACCUCGUCUUCGACGCUGAAGAUGUGGCCACAAUUAGGCGCAGCCACAACAUCUGCUCCGUUCUGGUGGGAACGACCCCGCAGAACCCAACACAAAACGUGUUUCUCAGUCUGCCGCUGGAGUUGCUACCCGAGGAGGCCAGCGUGCUCAUCGAGAACAAGGUAGGCCGCCUCGUCGAAGAGGCUUCGCAUCACCUGUCGUCCCUACGCUCUCCGGACAAGGCCACCCGCCAGGCCUACAUUGCACUACUGAAAGAACGUCGAAGCAAGGCGCAGAAGCUGCUGGCAGAGGAUCAGGCCAAGAAGGCAGCUACGGAACAGACGCGGAGGAACAAGGGCGCCAAGUCGGCCGCGGCCCAGCCAAAACCUGGUUCCGAGGUGGAUGAUUCUCUGUUUGGAAGUGCCGUUCCAGACAAGAGCUCCAAACCCCGUGAUGGCGUGGAUGCCAAGCCGUCCGUGGCAGUCACGCCGACAACCAGCGAAGGUCUCCUCGUGCCUUUAGGCGAAGUUGAGGAAACAGUGCCUCAACCUCUCGCCGGGCCGUUGCACCAACACUUGCAGUCUAGAGGAUACUUCAUGACUCCUGGUCUACGUUUUGGCGCUGAUUACAGUGUAUACCCGGGUGAUCCAUUGCGGUAUCACGCCCAUUUCCUCGCUACAAACUACGAUUGGGAUGAGAAGAUACCGAUGCUUGACAUCGUCGGCAGUGGCCGUCUGGGAACUUCAGUGAAGAAGGGCUUUUUGUUUGGCGGAGAGGUUCCCGACGUCAACGGUGGUACGAAGCAUGUGCGCGCAUUUUGCGUUGAAUGGGCAGGAAUGUGA